AUGUUUGGACUUAAAAAUGGUCGUGUUUAUGUUUCACGACAUGUUGUUUUUUAUGAAUUGGAUUUUCCUUUGAGAAAUAAAAGUGCAGGGUCUUUACUUGGUCCAACACAGCAACAACUGAGGACCAACCAUAUGGAUGAAAAUAUGCAGCAACCGUUUUCAAACUCAAACUCACCUGCCACUUCACAACCCAACAUUGCAGUAGCUCAAAACUCUAUAGAAAUCCACAAUCCAAAUAUUAAGCAAACAACUCCCACACAAAACCUAAUUCCAACACCUAAUCCUCCAACACCAACCACGCCUACAACAAUACCAGGUGACCAUCAGUAUACAUGCGUUGGGCAAACAUCACAACUAAACUUAAAUCCAGAUGCAUCCUCUUCACCAGCCACCCCUACAUCAUCUUCACCCAAAGUUCAAAAAUUCACUCCUGAGGUUUGCACUCCCUCACCUGCCAUACCUGCAUCUUCAAGUAUUACACAUCCAGCCCCUGAAAGUCCAGAUAGUUUAAACUCAACCCUCAAAAUCAGGUCUCUUGCUGAUAUCUACCAGAAAACAUCACCCCAUCCAUUGCCACAUGGUCUGAUUGCCACCAAAUUAGAUGACGUGUUUUCUGAACCUUGA